UCACACCAGUCUCCUCCGAUCCUCUCAUCCACCACCACCAUCGCAAGAGAGACGCUCGCCUUCCGUCUCCUGACGCGCACACGCCACCAACACCGCGACGCGACGCGACGCGAGCGCCAAACGUGAGCGCGGAAAGAGGAGAGGUGAGGUGAGGUGCGUGGCCCUUGGACUUUCGAGGCGAAACCCCGCGUGCGUGCGUAUAUGAGAUCCACAUCCGGCGCCCGCCCCAGCAGCGGUGGAGGAGGAGGGGACGACGACUACGCCUUCUACUACUCUUUCUUCCAGGACGCCGCCGCCGCCGCCGCGUCGCCGCUCGGCCUCGACGACGCCGCCGCUAUGACCAACGGUGGACGGAAGCGGAAGAGGGGAGGAGGAGGGGAUGGGGCGGACGGCGGCGCCCCCGCCGCGUCCAGGAAGGAUGGGCCUGGAGGGGACGGUGAGGGGGGAAACGGCAGGAAGCGGUCCAUCGCCAAGAUACUCACCUCGCUCGCCGCGCUCGAGGCGGAGGAGCACUCCGACCGCGCCGGCGCCGCCGACGCCUCCCGCCGGGAGCUCGCGCUGCUCGAGUCCAACGCCGACCACAAGUCGCAGGCCAUGAUGGACUACUACGCCAAGAUGGAGGGGAGCUUCGACGCCGCCGCGGAGUCGGACGCCACCGCGCGGUCCAAGCGCUCGCGCCUCGCCGCGUCGGCCACCACGGCGGCGGUCGUGGCUACCGAGGAGGGGGCCGCCGAGACGGCCUCCGCGUCGGCGUCGCCGUCGCGAGCGAGCGGCGGCGGGGGCGCGGGGCACCACCAGCGGCGGCUGUGGGUGAAGGACCGGUCGCGGGCGUGGUGGGACAAAUGCAACAGCCCGGACUACCCGGAGGAGGAGUUCCGUCGCGCGUUCCGGAUGGGGCGCGAGACGUUCGACAUGAUCUGCGAGGCGCUGGGCUCCGCGGUGGCCAAGGAGGACACCAUGCUCCGCGCCGCCAUCCCCGUGCGCCAGCGCGUCGCCGUCUGCAUCUGGCGCCUCGCCACGGGCGAGCCGCUCCGCCUCGUCUCCAAGCGCUUCGGCCUCGGGAUCUCCACCUGCCACAAGCUCGUCCUCGAGGUGUGCGCCGCCAUCAAGUCCGUCCUCAUGCCGCGCUUCCUCCAGUGGCCCGACGAGGCCGCCGCCGCCGCCUUCAAGGAGAGGUUCCAGGCGGCGUACGGCGUCCCGGGCGUGAUCGGCGCCAUGUACACCACCCACAUCCCCAUCAUCGCGCCCAAGAUCUCGGUCGCCGCCUACUUCAACCGCCGCCACACGGAGCGCAACCAGAAGACGUCCUACUCCAUCACGCUCCAGGGGGUGGUCGGCCCCGACGGCGCCUUCACCGACGUGUGCAUCGGCUGGCCGGGGUCCAUGCCGGACGACCAGGUGCUGGAGAAGUCCAUGCUGCACCAGCGCGCCGCGGCGGGGAUGAUGCACAGCGCCUGCCUUGUCGGCGGCGCCAGCUACCCGCUCAUGGACUGGGUGCUCGUCCCCUACACGCACCAGAACCUGACGUGGACGCAGCACGCCUUCAACGAGAAGGUGGGCGACCUCCGCCGCGUCGCCGUCGACGCGUUCGCCCGCCUCAAGGCGCGGUGGGCGUGCCUCCAGAAGCGGACGGAGGUGAAGCUCCAGGACCUCCCCGUCGUGCUCGGCGCCUGCUGCGUCCUCCACAACAUCUGCGAGACGCGCGGCGAGGAGCUCGAGCCGGAGCUCCGGUUCGAGCUCGUCGACGACGAGACCUCGCCGGAGACCCCCGUCCGCUCCGAGGCCGCCAAGCGCGCCAGGGACAACAUCGCCCACAACCUCCUCCACCGCGGCUUCGCCGGAACCACCUUCUUCUGACCAUCGAUCGAUCGAUCACACCACCGCCGCUUCUUGGUACAAAAUCCCCCGACAAAGUAGCGAUUCUUUUAGCCCCGCUAGAAUAGAAAGAUUUUGCUAGUUCUUUUUUUUGGGUCAGCAGUGCAAUGCGAUGGAGUGUAAAACAUAAUUUGGGCAGCUGUUUGUUUUCAAAUUCAAGAUAUAUACAGUUCAAUUUACAACUAGGAUACAGAUUCCCGGAGAUGAUUGAAUUCAAAUAACACUUGCAGCAUCUCCAUAUUACUAUUGUGAUUUGUUAUUGUCCUGCAGACCUGCAGUUUAGUUGUUUGCUC